UCUAGAGAUUAGUCUAUGCAACUACGGGCGAAGAUAACCAUUUUAUAAAAAAUGUAGAGUAAAUAAAUGGCUGUUGAGAACCAGAAGGAAUGAGAGCCACAAAAACUAGAUAAGGGCUAUGAUAUCCAACCAAUCAUAAUCUACCACGUUAUUAUUUAUUUUCUUAUAAUUGCAUACCAGUUAUUUUUAUUCCCAAAGGAAGAGUUUAGUUAAAUGUAGAAGAUUUAUAUCUUACGUAAAUGAAACCAGCAUAUAUAAUUUUGGCAAAGUACUGUACUGUUAUUUAUAUGACAUAAGGGUUGAAACAUGGCAAUGCAAUUACGACUUCAAGGGAGGUUUGGAACAUGGAACAGAAAUGGCAUAACAAGAUGUUCAAGUGAAAGUAAAGAAAAAAUGAAAGUGAAAGAAGUAGAAUUAUGGUCUCCUGCAGAGGAAUUGGCCAAGAAAUUUGAACGGAGGCUUCUUGUGGGUAUAGGGUCAGCUUCACUUGUAGCUUUGGGUGCAAAUUUUGGUGGCAUCACAAGUUUUUUUCUUGGUUUGUCACCACAGAAUGGUCGUAAGCUGAAGCUAGAUGUGCUUUAUCCUAUUGGUGGCUACACCCGGUACAUUGACACAAGAGAGGGAUUCGAAUUUAUAUACCCGGUGAAUUGGGUUGGAGAUCAGACACUGCUGUAUCGAGCUGCUAAAAGAAGGGAAAUGGAACUAUCAUUGGAUCCUCCUCCACUGAAUUCACGGCCACGUUCUAAUGUCACAGAACCAGAUGUCGCAUUUGGUCCCCCGGGUUCUAAUGGUGAACUCAAUGUUAGUGUUAUUGUUUCUCCCGUUGCUCAAGACUUCUCGAUUGAAGCAUUUGGAAGUCCGGAGGAGGUGGGGAAAGCUGUUAUUCGGACCAUAACAGGAUCAGGACAGCGCCCGGACUUGAAGGGAACAUUGGUAAAAUCAAAUUUGAGAGAGGAUCCUGUUAGAAAUGCGAAAUACUACGAGCUGGAAUUCAGAGUUGAGAGCCCCUCAUUUCGGCGACACAAUGUUUGCGUCUGCUGUUCUCGUGAUGGUAGGCUCUAUACAUUGAAUGCUCAGGCACCUGAAUCAGCUUGGCCAGGAUUGAAGUUAGAUUUCUAUACAAUUGCUGAGUCGUUCAAUCUCACAACUUAGUGAUUCAAAUUGAAACUUCUUUAGAAAAUACUAGGUAGUUCCAAGAGACUGAGGCCAUGAGAACAGAUUAAAUACUUCACAUCAAGUUUGUAAUUUCUUUAUUUUGUUUAUAAAGCUAAGGUUUUGAUUUGCUUGGCUACAGAGGUUCACAAAAUCUAAUGCAAUUUCAGUUGUAUGGUGCCUGGCUUAUUGCCAAACUCUGAACCCCAAACAUUUUUUGAAUUCAAAUAAAAGGUCAACACAUAUAGAAAUAAA